UGUUGUCCUGAACAGGCCUUGGGCAUUUGUGCAAUGGAUAAGUCAGGCCCACAUUCCAGAAGAAUACGUCCUUAUGGGUGAACCUGACCACAUAUUCGUCAAGCCUUUGCCCAAUCUGGCAUCGGAGACACUACCUGCAGCCUUCAGCUUUUUCUACAUCGAGCCAAAGAAAUUUGAAGGCAUAGUGCGGAAGUAUUAUCCUGAAAGCAUGGGACCCAUAACCAACAUAGACACGAUCGGGAAUUCUCCUGUGAUCAUCAAAAAGACAGAUUUAAUGAAGAUUGCCCCCACUUGGAAUAACAUCUCUCUUGCACUGAAGGAGGACAGGGAGGCUGAUCAGGCUUUUGGCUGGGUUCUGGAAAUGUAAGUCUCUCUCUCUCUCUCUCUCUCUCUCUCUCUCUCUCUCUCUCUCUCUCUCUCUCUCUGUUUUUUUUUUUUUUUUUGUGUGUGUGUGUGUUGUGAAACGGUAUUCACCAAUUCGUGGUAGCUGAGGCAGAUCCCAGGGCUUGAUCCCUAGUUCCCCAACUUACCUGUGUAUAAUAUCUACGUCAACUCGAAGAGUUGAACCUGCGACCUGU